UUUAAAUACUGUAUAUAUUGAAUAUCUCUUUAUAAGAAACAACUCUCAAUCGGUUGUUGAAUCAAAGUAUUCGAGUACAGUGAAUAAUUAUUUUGACAGCAUUUAUAACUUGUUUAUACCUCUAAGGUUGUAUUAAUAAUACGCGAUAUAUUAUGUAUUUAAAAUAUAUACUAUUUUGAAAACCAAUAAUAAAAUAGCUGUCGAUUUUUAAUACCAGCAUACGAUAACUUGAACAAGCUGACUUGGUAAAAAUGGAAGAGACGCUAUAACAGUAAUAAAUUCUGUAAGGCACUCCAUAUCAAGGAUAGAAACGGUGUUUGCAGGUAGUAACGACAUUAAACUGUCAGAGCGCAUUUUGGCAUUGUUUUGAACGUGGUUAAGGCAACUAUAUUAAAGUUUGUAAUGUGUUUAUGAGAUUGGUGAAAACAAACGUGAUUGUAAACAGUAUUAUUACAAAAGCAGAGGUGCCUGCUAAAUACUAACAUGUCUUCCCUCCAAAAGUCGAUUUUGAAAUCAAAACUACCACCAUCGGGUGUCAAUUUUGGAAUCGGUUCUAGAGUUAACAAGUCAAAAGGAUUUCAACGUAAGAGAGAUUAUGAGCCUGUUCAAUGGAUUCCAUAUUUCGAUCAUUCCGAAGAUAUAAAAAUUAGAAGUGGCACAUUUCAUAUUUAUACUAAAGGGACGGAAGGCUCAACGUUAGUAUUGCUACAUGGAGGUGGUUACAGUGCACUAACAUGGGCAGAAUUCACAAAAUCAAUUAUGACUAUGAUAGUCUGUAAAGUUAUGGCAAUUGAUCUUAGAGGGCAUGGAGAUACAUUUACAGAAAAUGAGGAAGAUCUGUCUAGAGAUACUUUAGCAGAAGAUGUAGCCGAAGUUAUAAAAGCUGCAACAACAGAAGAUAGUUCUAUAAUACUUGUGGGUCAUAGUAUGGGUGGUGCAGUAGCUGUCAGAGCUGCUCCAUUAAUACCAAAUCUAUGUGGAUUAGGAGUUAUUGAUGUUGUUGAGGGAACAGCUAUGGAUGCAUUAGCAUCUAUGCAAAGCUUUUUAAGAUCUCGGCCAUCUAGUUUUAGUUCUAUACCUCAGGCUGUGGAGUGGUGUGUACGAAGUGGCCAAAUCCGUAAUGUACAAUCAGCUAAGGUCUCAGUUCCUGGACAAAUAAAAAACAUCGAAACUAAUAAAUUAGCUACUCAUGAUAUUGGUUCACUAUCACCCUCAUCAUGUGAGUGUAAUAUAGAAACAACGAUUUCUCGAGAUGAUGUUAUUCAAGAAGAGGAACCUGUAAAUAUGCCACCACCAUCUCAAACAACCACUGCCCUUCCUACUAAAAAAUAUGUGUGGAGAAUAGAUUUAUCAAAAACUGAACAACAUUGGUCUGGUUGGUUUAAAGGAUUGUCAACUGCAUUCCUAAAUGUACCAGUUCCAAAAGUACUGCUCCUGGCAGGUGUUGAUAGAUUAGAUCGAGAAUUAACUGUUGGUCAGAUGCAAGGAAAAUUUCAAAUGCAAGUAUUACCGGCAUGUGGACAUGCUGUGCAUGAAGAUGUUCCAGAUAAAGUAGCAGAAGCGAUUGCUACUUUUAUGGUUAGACAUAAAUUUGCAGAACCGGCAUCGGACUUUCCACGAACAUUUCCUGCUUGUUAGGGUAAAUAAAAAAGUACAAUGGAUGAAUUUGUUAAAUAAUAUUAUUAAGAAAUACUCAAUGAGUUAGUUAAAAUGAUCAUUUUAUUUAUUUAAAAAAGGUAUGUUCACAAAAUAUAUAUGAAUACAUAUGUAAAUAAAA